GCUGCCCUCCAGACUCAAAGUUGAAGCCCAGGCCACACAGACGCCGGACAUGUUCCCGGGUGCAGCCGCAGACGGGGGGAGGCUAUGCGGACCUGUGUGCGCGGUUUUGGCCGAGGUGGCGGACUCCUGCUGCUCCUCCUCAUCCCGUCGCUCCUCCUGGGGCUCCAGCUCCUCCUCGUCGGACCGCGGCUCCCCAGUGCCCACCGCGCCGCCGCAGGCCUGGAGGAGCCGGACGCAGAGGUCGCCUUUUCCGUUAUAAGCAUCGAACCGGAGAGAACCGAACCCCAACGGGGAGAUGCUUCCCGGAGACCGGAUCUGGAGCAGGAGGAGGAGGAGGAGGAGGAGGAGGGGGGUGAUAUGAAAGACAGGAGAAGGAGGGAGGGGGUGUAUGAGGACGAGAACGAGAUGCAUUCACACCAGGUUGGGCCAAGAAAAGUGGAAAUGCAGCCAUGGGCGGUCAAUAAGCCGUCCUUCAGAGCAGAGCUUCACCGUAUCAUCAUAUAUAUCAACACACCACAGCUGAACUGCUCCAGGGUUGUUUCUCCAGGUCAGGCUCUGGAAUCAGAGCCCCCUGCAGCUUCACCCCGCUGGCUGCUGUGUGCAGAGGACUGGCUCCUUCCGGCUACAGACAGACCAUGUGUUGCAUACUCCUUCAGUAUGGAUAAAGGAGAUACAGACUUUCAUAAGACUGUGUUGGGUCUAGGAUGUGAAGUCCACAGUUUUGAUCCUAGCAACUCCAACACAUCUGGUGGUCACCUUGGCAACAGUUUGGUGAGUAACCGUGGUGAUGGAGGUGUGGUUAGCCAGCACAAGAUGUGGUUGGAGUGGCGUGUUCCAAGGAGGAAGAGCAAGCACAAGACGAGGAGCAACCUGAGCCAUGUUUCUCAGACACUGACAGACAUCAUGGCUGCUCUGGGACAUCACACAGUGCACUUCCUGUAUGCUGACCUCCUUAGUGCUGAGUGGCGUGUUUUCCAGAACUGGAUCGAGUCAGGGAUCCUGCAAAGCGUCCAUCAUAUGGUCGCCACUGUGCACCUGCAGUGGGCAGGGUUUGAGGUGGGCGGGACCAACGAAGAGGUGCUCCGCUACUGGUUCAGUAUCCUUCAGGGACUUCAGGCUUCAGGACUAAAGCUGGUCCACAGCUCUGCAGGAAAGGGACAUAAUGUUCUGCAACAGACAGCGACGAAUGCUCACAGCUCCUACACACUCAGCUGGGUCAACACCAGACACUGACAGACACACACCUUCACAUGUAGCUUGGAAACAAAACCCAGAGUGUAUCAUUUAUAUAGUAGUUUUGGGAUUUUUUUUUGUUCAGUGUGUAAUUGACUGUAUAGUUUUCAUUUCAAAUACACAUUAAGUCAACACCGCCCCCUAUUGGUGAUGAAAUGAUUUGCAUUUUUACAUGAAACCUCUGGAUUCAGGUGUAAUGUUAGUCUGUAGCAUGCCCUAGUUUGUCAUUAACGCCAAACAUAUGAUGAGUAGGUUCUCAUAAAAGUUUUUUUUUUUUUUUUUUGCCAUUUUUAUUCUUUCUUUUGAAAUAACAUGUUACAAGUGUUUACUGAAUUACUGAAAUAAUGGAUGUAACACUGUUUCACUCCUUCUCUUUGCACCCAAACCCAAUCCCAAAGACUGGGUCAAGACUCAGAGGAGAUUUUAUGUGGGUCACCAAAUAAAUGUGCAUUUCUAGAAUUUCAAAAACUUUCAAUAAGAAACAGGCUUUUGAUGGAAGUGAAUGUUUGUCUUGUUUUGUGAGUUACUAUUUAUUUAUUUUUUAAAAUAACCUCACAUACA